CACAGGUACCGCCCAAUGUGCCAGAGCCCAAUCCAGAAGACCUAGGUUAAACCAACUUCCUUCCAGCGUUCAAUACAGUGUCUCCUCUUAGUGGUAUUACCACACAGGUCUGCUUGUUCUGAUGUUUGUUGCAGUUUACAUGCAAAAACACGAUGAGGCCUGGGUAAUUCCAUUAACUGAUGUCACUAUUCUAGAGUUUUGUCGUGUGCUCAGAAAUUCAACUGCUAAUACCCCAAGUGGCAGUCAAAUCUAAGGAACUUACUCAUGCUAAACAAACUUCCAGAAGACAUAGGUCCCCCAUUUGUAUUUAUGGUUACGUUCUGUGCGUUUGGGUACGUCCAUCCACCUAGGCAGCAAAUCCUAAUCAGAACGUUGCUUACCGAGUAGAAAAUGGGAGCAGGAGGAGCUGGCUGUGCCAUCUUCGUGGCCAGUGGUUCCAAGCAGAGAUGCAUGUGGUAUCUCGAACGCUCCAGAAUUUACCCUGUGACCCUGUGGAAGGUGCUGGACAUACUGUCAAUGUUUGUUCUUCAGUCUCCCUUUUCUAAUCUUCCUUUUUGUUUUAAAGAGACGUGAUCUCUUUAAAAUGCAGUGGCAUGUGAUCAUAGCCCACUGCAGCCUCUAAAUUCUGGGCUUAAAUGAUCUUCCUGCCUCAGCCUCCCAAUUAGCUCAGACUACAGGCACCCACACCACUUUGUGCAGCUAACUUAACCUUUUGUAGAGAUGAGGUCUUGCUAUGUUUCCCAAGUUUGUUGCCAACUCCUGGCUUCGAGUGAUCCUCCUACCUUGGCCUCCAAAAGCAUGGGGAUUAGAAGCGUUAGCCACUGCACCUGGCCUCUGGGCUUCAUUUUUGAUCAACAUUCCUUAUGGUCAAUUCGCUCUUUCUUUGCCUAACUUGUCUCCUUCAAGGUCAGCAUCAAUACUUGGUCUGGUGGCCACUCUGUGUCCCCCAAAGUGCUUCUAAGUGUUCUGCUGUGGUUCCUGAUGUUUGUUUAUUUUUCUCAUUUAGCUGUCAUAGAAAAGUCUUACUUCCAAGUUCUUUGGGGGCCCCUUACACAAUACAAAGAUUUUUAAAUACAUAUAUGUAUGAAAUGGUCCAAAAACUUUAUCCUAACUAACAGGACAUGAUUUAAAUAUUCAACCUAAGUAAUGAGAUUUUAAAAGAAUGACCCAAAAGAAAGCAAGGCUUUGUUUCAGAGCCAAUGUGUACACUGAAGUGCCUGACGGAGGAUGGGGCUGGGCAGUAGCAGUUUCCUUUUUCUUCAUUGAAGUCUUUACCUAUGGCAUCAUCAAGUCGUUUGGCGUCUUCUUUAAUGACUUAAUGGACAGUUUUGAUGAAUCCAAUAGCAGGAUCUCGUGGAUAAUAUCAAUAUGUGUGUUUGUCUUGACAUUUACAGCUCCCCUCGCCACAGUCCUGAGCAAUCGAUUCGGACACCGUCUGGUGGUGAUGCUGGGUGGUGUGCUGGUCAGCACCGGGAUGGUGGGCGCCUCCUUUGCACAUGAGGUCUGCCACAUGUACAUCGCCAUUGGCGUCGUCUCUGGUCUGGGCUGCUGCUUUAGUUUUCUGCCUACGGUCACCAUUCUAUCACAGUACUUCAGCAAGAGACGCUCUGUCGUCACCGCGGUGGCUUCCACGGGAGAAUGUUUCGCUGUGUUUGCUUUCGCACCAGCAAUCAUGGCUCUGAAGGAGAGCAUCGGCUGGAGAUACAGCCUCCUCUUUGUGGGCCUGCUACAGCUGAACAUUGUCGUCUUUGGAGCACUGCUGAGACCCAUUAUUAUCAGAGGACCAGGGUCGCCAAAAAUUAUCCCCCACGAAAACCGGAAAGAAGUGCAAUACAUGCUUGAAAAUGAGAAGACACGAACCUCAAUAGACUCCAUUGACUCAGGAGUGGAACUAACUACCUCACCUAAAAAUGUGCCUAGUCACGCAAACGCGGACCUGGAGCUGAAGGCUGAUGUGCAGCAGAACCUGGUGAAGGCCAGCUCCAAGCCGGGCGACCAGAAAGUCCCUUUAUUAGACUUCUCCAUUUUGAAAGAGAAAAGUUUCAUUUGUUAUGCAUUAUUUGGUCUCUUUGCAACACUGGGAUUCUUUGCACCAUCCUUGUACAUCAUUCCAUUAGGCAUCAGUUUGGGCAUUGACCAGGAUCGUGCUGCUUUUUUAUUAUCCGCCAUGGCGAUUGCAGAAGUGUUUGGAAGAAUCGGAGCUGGCCUUGUCCUCAACCGGGAGCCCAUCCGUAAGAUUUACAUCGAGCUCAUCUGUGUCGCCUUACUGACUGUGUCUCUGUUUGCCUUCACGUUUGCUACUGAAUUCUGGGGUCUCAUGUCAUGUAGUGUGUUUUUUGGGUGUAUGGUUGGAACAAUAGGAGGAACCCACAUUCCACUGCUUGCUGAAGAUGAUGUCGUGGGAAUUGACAAGAUGUCUUCUGCGGCCGGGGUCUAUGUCUUCAUCCAGAGCAUAGCGGGACUGGCGGGACCACCCCUUGCAGGUCUGCUGGUGGACCAAAGUAAAAUCUACAGCAGGGCCUUCUACUCCUGCGCAGCUGGCAUGUUCGUGGCUGCUGUGUGCCUCGCCCUGGUGAGACCGUGUAAACAGGGACUAUGCCAGCGCCCUCAUUCAGGUGAAACAAAGGCAGCAAGCCAUCGUGGGAAGGCUUUGCAAGACAUACCCGAAGACUUUCUGGAAAUGGAUCUUGCGAAAAGUGAGCACAGAGUUCAUGUGCAGAUAGAGCCAGUAUGACGCGCUUUCCUGUAACAGCAGCCAUGGUGUUGGCCUGGGGGUGGGGGUGGCCUGAGGGCUGGGGGAGACAGGGAGCUGGAGAAGCCAACCACUCUACUUCGCUUUCAAAACUGCAUCUUAAAGGGAAUGUAUACGCGAACAGCACUACCAAUAUCUUCUUUUCCUUUAAAGUUUUCCUUUUUGCUUGUUUUUUUAAAGCCAAAACAAAAACAACCAAACGCUCUACCAUAUAUAAAUGUGGCUCUGCUCAGUAGCAAUAUGAAAGAUAAGUUCGAGGACUCUUUGGUUCACAUUCCAAUAUUACUACUGUGUCGUGAACUGGAAAAGUAGUUUUAAGAUCACUCACAUGGAAUAAAGUAUCUUAUAAAACGAUCUCCAAGUCAUUGAAGUGAAAUUGGCCAUUCAAAAAACAACAACAAAAAAAAUCUUCAAUCAUUUUAUUUUUUUCUUCAAUCAUUUUAAAAACUUCUUACUUUCAGAAUUAUAAAUUAAAAGAUCUUGUUUUUAAACCUUUGAAGAAAAAUACUGAGGUUUUCCUUAAGAAAUUAUGGCCUCUUGAAUUUUCCAAAUAUUUCACAGAAGUAUAGACCAAACAUUUGACUAAUAAAAAAAAUUUUUUAAAUAUAUGUAACUUGAACUUCAUCAAUGUGAAGAUGACCACUUCUUUUUAUGGCCAGUCAUUACCAGAAGUAUUUCAGUACAGAAGAUACAAGAUAGCAUUCAAAAAUAUGUUUCCUGUUGCUUUUAAUUAUUCAGAAAUAUGUGACUGUAGUGUCUUUAAUUUAAACCACUAUUUAUUAUUAAGUUAUUCUAGGAUGAUUAAAGUAAUCAAAAAAAAAAAAAAAAGAAAAGAAAAUCCAAGACAUGAGCAGCAUUUUUACCUCCUUUCUGCAGUUCUUCAAAUGCCUCAAAGAAUACUCUUUCUCUUGUAGAGUUACUCUCAUCAAAGAUAAAAGGCCAGGUUGUUACGAUUCUUCAAUUUGAUUAAAGGCAAUGUGUGCUAUUUAAAGGGGAGGGGGAACACUGGGUAGCAAAUCGCCUUAGCUUUGAAAAAUCAUCUGUUUUAUCACCUAAGAAUACUUGAGAAUCUUUGCUCAGAUUUGUUAUUUCCUUGAAUUAUCACUUCACAGCCCUUUGGCUGAGAUCAAGUGUGAAUUGUUGAAGCAUUUCUGAUUUUUGUAAAAAAAAAAAAACACACACACAUCUAACUUUGGAAGCAUUUCUGUUUCACAUGGGAGUAGCAGAGACAUUAUGUUACCAGUUACAAGUUCCAAUUUGCGUCUUAUGUAAAACAUGACUUGAUUGUUCUCAGUUGCCCUAGGUAUCACGUAAACUGGUCUUUUUUUUUUUUUUUUUUUUUUUUUUUGAGUUACACUACAUGCAUAGUAUUUCUCAUUUUAACAGUUUUCUGGAAAGAGGGGAAAUGUGAGGAUAACAGAUGGGCGAUUUACUCACCUGUUACUGAGUCUCACCCCACAGGUGACGGUCAAUGCUAGCUGCUCCAUCUUUACUCAUCUUUAAUGUUAAUUUAUGACAACUCAGGGGGAAAAAACAUAACAAGCCUAGUUUGGUUACAGGUACACACAAGCUUGAAUAUUUCUCUGCACUGAAAUGAAAGUGGUAUAGUUCAUCACCACCUGCUACAUUUUGUAUAGCAUUUUAUCAGCCAUAGAAAUAGGACAAUCGAUAAAACUUUGGGUAGGGUGGGGGAGAAAAUGACAAAGUGUCUGUCAAAACCAGACACACCUAAAAAAGGUGGAUGUAGCAAACCUCUGUCACUGCUUAAGAAGAACUUCAAGCUUGUGGCAGUUUUGCAGACUUACAUGACUUCAGCACUUUAUAACAUAUUUUUUACUAUGAAUGUUCAAUACAACUUAAUAUUUAUAACUGAUUUCCGAGGGACCUGCUCUAUGUCCAUUCUGUUAACUGCAUGGAAAAAAAAUGUAUGCCAAUUUCAGUAUGUCAAUGAUCAAGGUUUUAAAUAUUUGGAAGAAAAGAAAAACAAGAUUGCUGAUUUGUUCUGUAUUAAUGACAUUCUGGUACUUCUAGAUUUGCAAUAAAUUUAUGGCUUUUUUAUUUAAAGAGA